UUUUUCUUAACUGCGAAUAGCGGAAAUGAGCUAUCUGCUUUAAUGCAAUUUAAAUAUUACUGGUAAUAAAUAAGGAACAUUUGCAAUCAAGCACGUAGCACUUACGUAGCACUUACGUAGCACGGGCGUAGCAUUGAUGGUGUUUGGAUAUAAAUGGUCGGUUCUUCCUCGGUUGAUUAUAGCGCGACCUUCAACUUGAGACUGGCGCUACGUAAUCUGGCCUUAGGCGUAGGGUCAAAGUCUGACGUUAAGGUUAUGGUCAAAGUCUGGUGUUAGUAGUAAGGUCAAAGUCUGGCGUUAGGAGUGAGGUCAAAAACUUAAGUUAGGAGUAAAGUCGUGAUCGAGAUAAAAGACUUUGAGUAAAACAUUGGAAGUAACAAGUAACAUUUUAAAAAUCAUGUUUUUUUAAAUAAGUGACCAUGAGGUAUUUGAAAGCCCUGAACUCAAAUCUCAUGUAAUUCUUCAUUUGAAAAGAUUACGUUUGCAGUGGGAACCAGACCACUUCAUUCCCCUUCGCAAAGCCAACGUUGUGUUCACUGAAAAUUUUAGAACUAUAUCAUCUGUCAGAUUCAGACAACUUAGAUUCCCGAUUGAAUGUUGACUGGCAUAAAGUUGUUUAGGUGAAAACAUAGCUCGUCUAAUGCUGAGGGUCAACUUAGAGAGUCGAAAUCAACGGUCAAGUUAAAUACAAGGGUUUAAGCUCUUUAAAAAAUAAAUGAUCACUUUAUAUCAGCGAUUCUCAAACUGUGUAACAUAACAUUUUUUUCCGGGUAGUACACAGAGGUUAACAGAAAAUAAAUACAUUUAAGCGUACAACAUUCUGGAACAUAUGUCGUGUGUUAUAUCAUGAGACAGCAUGGGAUACGCCAAUCAGUGGCGUAGCGAGGCAGGUGCGGGAGGUGCGGACCGCACCGGGUGACACCAUUUUAGGGGUGACACCCGAUUGAAAAAUUGCAUAUUUACAGGGCACACAUUGCUCGCAAAAAUCGCGAUUCAUAAAAGAAUAACCGAUCACACAUAUAUUUUUCACAAAUGUAACCAAUCCAAAUGCGUGCUUUAUUAAAAGUUCAAGGUUGAUGCUAUAUUGUGGACUUAUUUUAACAAGAAAAAAUCGAUCAUACAAGUUUGGGGGUGGGGGGGGGUGACACCAUGAGUUUACCGCACCGGGUGACACCAACCCUAGCUACGCCACUGACGCCAAUGGCUAUGUGUUAUGUCAUUAACCAGUAUUAGAUUUGCCUAUUGCUAUGUGAUUUUUUCAUUAGUCAGUAUGGGAUACGCCUAUCGCUAUGUUAAUUAAUUUUUUUUUAAUUUCGUGAUUAUUUUUGUUAAAUUGUGUGUUGAGCGUGGUGAGCCCAGCCCUAGGCUGUGGUACCACGCUAUAUAAAACUACUACUACUAAUAAUAAUAAUAAUAUUUGUUGUGUCAUUAGUCAGUAUGGGAUACCCCUAUGGCUAUAAGCUGACUUUCCUAUUCCUGUAUCGAUCACCAGGUGUAGGAUAAGUCCCAGACCUCCUUGAUAUAAUAAUUGUAGAGCGCUUAGAGUUGUAAGAUAAGCGCUAUACAAAAAUGCCUAAAUAAAUAAAUAUAAAUAGAAGUCUUGGGUCACGUCGUGGGGAAACCCCUCAACCCCCCCCCUCCUCCACAACCACUUAAAUUAACUCUCAUCAUUGCCACUUGGAGCUAUGCAGGUCAAGGACGUUUGUUCUUGAGUUUACAACUUCACACUUAAAGAAUGUUCAGAUAAACAUGAGAAACUUCUAAGAAUCACUCCCCUAGUGAUUUGGGGGGGAGGGGGGAAGAGACUAAUAUACCAUCAGGUUUUUCCAUAGCCAGUAAAUAAGGGCAUGUAUCCAGCUAACACCAGAGUAUGGAUUUGUUUAUUAGAGAGUGAUAUGCUGUGAGAGAGAGUGAACUAGAAAAGCGCAGUGGUGAAUGGCAGAUACCAUCUACGACUAGUUACAUCGCACUGUGUUAUACACCCCCAGUUUUCUAAAUGGGGAAAAAAGAUACAUAAAGAGGGGUUUUACCAGAGUUGGUCUAGGAAACUCGACAUCAGGAAAUCAAGGUUUGUAGGUUUUUGCAUUAAACUCUAUUCAUUACUUGUCCUUUAAAUGUGGGCUUUUGGUUUAACCGUCUUGACCCUAAGCCAAUAAUGAUUUAUGUCUCUGUCAGGCACAACAGGCUGACUCUUUCAAGAUCAUCGUUGUGGGGUGGAGAGCCCCGAAAAGUGGGGGGGGGCAUUUAUGUAAAAGUGAAAGCUAUAAAAUAUGUCUAAAAUUUAAACUAUGUAACAAAUGUAUAGCAAAUAGAGUUGUUGUUUUUUGUAUAAGGUCGGGGUCAGUGGUGAAAAUCAACGAGGGAAUGGGCAAUGGCGCUAUACAAUUUACUUAGCUUCUUUAACUUUAACAUUUAUUGUUUACUUACAACUUUUCCUUUUGCCCCUGGAGGACGCCCUGCUGCCCUCAAUCUAAUGCGCCAGUUAACUCCACUGGGGCCCCUGGGGGACUUCUUGCAGCCCCUGGUCUAAGGCACCAGUUAACUCCACUGGGGCCCCUGGGGGACUUCUUGCAGCCACCGGUCUAAGGCGCCAGUCAACUCCACUGGGGCCCCUGGAGGACUUCUUACAGCCCUUGGUCUAAGGUGCCAGUUAAAUCCACUUACUGAGGCACAUGACAGUCACGGGGCUCAGGGCGUGUCCGAUGACGUGGCUCCCAGCAACGCCCGGCAGCUCACUGUCACGUCACAGGCUUAGUGGCAAGUGCUACUUUUCCUUCUGAGCAUCCGCGAUAUCGGUGAAAAGAUUCACGCCAAUCGCUGUUGGAAGUUUUGAUGACGAGAACAGCAAAGUCCUUGACAUUCCUGAUGAGCCUAUACACAUCAGUUCUCAAAUUAAAUAUAUAUUAAUGUUUUCUCUUUCCAAUAUUCUAGACCUUUUGCUGACGUAGUUUAGUCAGUAAACAUGUAUUCUUUAAACCACGAUGUUUUAAGACUUACACUGACCCACUGAUUUUAUGACAGGAAUGUCCAUAAUGAUGAACGUGCCCAGACUGCUGAUCUUGCCCAGACUGCUGAUCUUGCCCAGACUGAUGAUCUUCACCGGCCUUCUCCUUCUGCCAGGCCAGUUUUACACCCAAGCCUCCAACGUAAGUGCUACGUCAGAGUCGACAGCGGCAUCUUCAUCCGGUUCAUAUUUCAAAUCGGAAACAGGAAGUUCUGUCAACGGUUCAUUGACCAAUGAAAUUACAGCCAACUUUGCGGAUGUCAAGAAUAUCACGGGAACCGUCCCUUAUCAUGGGAACGGCGAUGGUGUUGAUUUCAAAACUAAACACCAAAGAGUAAAUAUAGAAACUACGAUUUCUAGAUUGUUUGAUGAAGCUAAAACAUCACCAACAACCCCGAAUUAUUUUCCAGAGUUUUAUCUUGACAGUGAUUUCCAGGCGGAAGACUUGGUCUCAUCAGGUCAAGAAACGGACGAUGUCUUUAACUGCAAGCCUUGUAGCUGUUCCCGUUCCAAAUCGGGCCGCCUCAUGGCCAACUGCACAUACCUUCAUCUGACGACUGUCCCUACCGGCCUUCCAAAAGACACGUGGUCUGUAGACAUGUCUUAUAACGACCUCAAUGAAUUCAACAUCACCAGCAUCAUGCCGUACCCAUCGUUGGCUCGCCUGAAGAUUUCAAACAACCGGAAGUUGACUAAAAUAUCCAAAGGUGUGUCCCAGAUAACAGUCCUCCCCUUGACCCACCUCGAUCUCAGCAAUAACCAUUUAACUUUCAUUGAGGACAGUAGUUUUUCAGCAUUAACGAAACUGUACAAUCUAACACUGCGGAGAAAUAACAUAACCAAGAUCAGUAAUGGAACUUUUGAUGGACUGGAACAGCUGACGAUCCUGGACCUGUCAAAUGGGACUUACCGUUUGGAAAUCGGUGCCUUUGACGCACUGAUUAAUUUAAAGCUGCUCGACCUUAGCUGCAUUUGCCAGUUGGGUUACGGUGUCAAAUUUUUACCCCCAAGGCUGCUACAACCUUUGGCAAUGCUGCAAUAUUUGUAUAUUCACGGGAGCACGCGAACAGAAGAAGUCCACUAUCCCAGCUCAUCGUUGAAGCAGCUGACCAGUUUGAUUGGACUAAGCGUGGACGGCAUGCCUGAUAUACACACAUUCGGCGAGGACGUGCGAUCCUUGAAGAACUUCUCCCACCUUCAGAUUGGGCUCGGUGACCGAUGCUUGAUGAAAAACCUUACAAAGAUUUUUUUCAAAAACAUCCCGCACAUCACAUCGUUCGAAAUAACGAGCUGCUCGCCUCUGGCCAGCCUCAGUUCUGACGCUUUUACCGGGGUCAACUUGACACGCUUGUCGUUCAGUUACUUAGCCAACUACGAUCUCUUUCGUGCAUUCCAGGAUCUCAAACAGUUCCAGCAUUCGACACUGAGGAGUCUCUCUUUUAUUCAUUUGUAUCAUCAGGGUCCUCCGUGCACCUUCCUGUCAGGUCGUGAUGCCGUCUACUUGCAGAAUAUCGAUCUAGACGAGUUAGAUUUGUCCAGAAAUAGGCUGGCUCUUCUAGGUGAUGAUUUCAUUAAGAAACUUCCUUCAACACUGAAAAAAUUAAUUUUGCGGCACAAUCGUUUCGUCAAUGACACCAUGACAAUUUCAGUCUUUAGACCAUUACAGCAGCUGGUAGAGCUAGAUGUUUCCUAUCAGAACAUUCACGUCUCGGACUACUCGGGUAAAUGUCAAAGGUCAUUGCUACAUGAGCAGGCAGAAAGUGUACACAUUACUUCCAGAUACUACUCUGGUCAUGACGAUGUCAACGAAUAUGACAGUAUAUCUAGAAGUGCCAAUGCUGAAAACAUGCAAAUUCUUAGAAGUGUUGAGGUUGAGAGAAAAGUCGGCAACAUAACGACCGACUCGACUCCUUCAGCUGAAUAUAUCAAACCGAAACCAACAUCAGACGAUCCUCGUCUCAAAGUGAAAGUCGUUCACUCGACGUAUUACAACGGUUUCGGAAUGUCCCUUAUCAGUGGGAAGGAUGCUAAGAACAGCUCGGUCCAAGAGAUUGACGUGUCCUAUAGUUUUCUGUCAUCUUGGGGACUAGGCAAGUUGCCGCGAAAUGUCCGCAGGGCCAUCUUUCGAGGGAACUACUGCCAACGCAUCUCAAACGAUUUCUUUCAGACGAGGAAUGGAUUGCUUUACUUGGAUGUUCGGGAAAAUUUUCUGGGCCCUGGAUUCGCCAGUGAUCUGAGCGGAACCGUUUUCGCACAUCUCAGCCAGACGGUUUAUCUGGAUAUUAGGCAGAAUCUCAUCUAUGAACUUCCGGUUCAGUUUUUCAAGGGACUACAGCGGAUACAGACUUUGAAAAUUUCUGACAAUAAGCUCGGGUAUCUGAACUGUAAUUUUUCUCACAUGCGCAAUUUGACUUUCUUAGACGUGAGCAGAAAUUCCAUAACGUCCAUCAGUGCCGAAGUCCGUGAUCACCUCGACAGCAUCGCUUCGUCGCACUCGCUGUACGUCGACCUGAGCUUAAACCCCCUGCCGUGCACCUGCGCGAUGAUAGACGUGCUGUACUGGGUUGCGCAAACUAAAGUCGUCUUUGUGAAUAAACAUUUACUCCAGUGUCGCUAUGAGACGGGUCAGAUUGUCGCGAUGGGUGACGUACAGUCUAGGCUGAGUGCCCUCCAGAAGAGCUGUGCCUCGUUCACUCUGGUCAUUGUGAUCUGCCUUUGCUGCCUGGCUGUCAUCAGCGUUAUUUUCACCACUGCGAUGAUGUACAAGUACCGUUGGAAGCUUCGGUACUGGCGAGCUAUCGCCCUUGCCAAGCUGGUCGGCUUUACGCCAACUGUUCCCACAACCUCAAAGUACAAAUUCGAUGCGUACAUUCUGUACACGGAGGAGACACGUGACUUCGUGAUAGAGGAGUGCAUUCGCGAGCUGGAGGAGAAACGGGGCCACAAGCUCUGCUUUGAAGAACGGAACUUCAUGCCCGGUUCCUUGAUAGUCUCUGACAUCGUCAGCGCAGUUCGCAACAGUACAAAAACCGUACCGGUGGUGACCCCAGGUUUUUACAAGGGCAAGUACGCGGAGUACGGGGUUAACAUGGCGCUCGUGGAGGAGGUCCACGAGCGGAGGUCGGUCGUGCACCUCUGCGUCUAUCAUGCCAGCCCCGUUGAGGAUAUGCCUUGUGACCUACUGAGGGUGAUGAAGCGUAGGACAUACACUGAGUACCCGCCGCUGGAGCAAGCGUCUGAAGACUUGGUGAACAUUUUCUGGGAUAAGCUUUCACUAGCUAUUGGCCAUACGGACAAGGACACCAACGUGUGUGAACAGAUCCACUAGUGGAUAAUGAACGAAAUGGCUAGAGGAAGCAUUGGAUGGAUAAAAUUAAGUUUUCGACGAACGCUUCAUUUCGAUCCAUGAUGGUCAAAGAUUCUGCUAACAUUUCUUCCUGUUGUCAAAACUGAACCGCCAUUUGACAACGAGAUUCUGGAACAUGGAUAGUCCACGAUGAACAAGAUCAGCGAGCUGGCAUUAGCACUGCUAGCAUACGAUGACCCAGAUGUGUUUAUGGGAUGUGAUUUGAAAAUGGUUGGGACAACUGAAGGCAUUUAUUGAUUAGUGUGCUAUACCUUUAAGCAGUGCAUUGCAUAGACAAUAAUCCCGUUUUUUUUUUAUCAUAAGCAUUUUAUGGUAUGGAUAUAUCAAGUUUAGUCCUUUUUUGUAAACGAAGUGGCCAUUCGGACCCGGGUCCGAGAAGUGAGAGAUUAGGUCCGAAUAGCGGCGAUGCGUUUCCGGUUCCAUUUUGACUAAGUAGCCUACUAUUUGGAUGUCAUUGGUGCUAGUUUAUUUUAGUUAAACUAAAGAAGUAAGUUUACAAACAUAUCGUCCAUUCAAUUAUCUUUCAUUUGAUUCCAAAUUUUGUCUUACAAACCCUACAAUAAUGUUUAAAUAUUUUUUUAAUAAACCCAAACUCUCACUUCUCGGACCCGGGUCCGAAUAGCCGCAGCCUUUUGUGAAAGAAAGCAGAAAUUUCGUGAGCUCGGAAGAAGCGUUCUUAAUAAAACAUAUGACAUUACAAAUUAAUGAGCAUAAAAAUGGACAUGCACACAAUCAUUUAAAGCGUCUCUUUGGGCCAAAGG